AUGAAAGUCUUGGCCCUCACACAAGCCCUUUUGGGCCUUGCUGCUUCAGUCCAAGCAACCACUGUGGAUUAUACAACAGUGACUGGCUAUUUUCUUCAAGAUGAGACCUCUACUGAUGCCUCAACAUUUGACUAUACUGCUGUCAAUUUCGGCCUGAUCAAUCGCACAUACCCUGCCGAUCAACACCUUCGAAACCCCCGCUCCUUAACUCAGUGGGAGCGUUUCUACCACCAGGUGCAAAAGUGGAAUGAAGAAUCCCCCAAAGAUGUGGAGUACAAGGUUCUUUUCCUGGGUCGCCAUGGCGAGGGCUGGCACAAUGCUGCCGAGACCUACUACGGCACCCCAGCAUGGAAUUGUUACUGGGCCGAAUUAAACGGUAACGGUACCGCUACCUGGUUCGAUGCCGCGCUCACCUCAGCUGGUGUUUCCCAAGCCCUCGUCGCCCACGACUUCUGGCAAAAGGAAAUUAAUGAGCAACGUAUCCACACACCAGACAACUACUUCGUCAGCCCGCUAGUUCGCACUCUCCAAACAGCCAACUAUACUUUCACGGGCCUUGAACUGCCAAAGGGCAGCGCUGAAUUCAAGCCCCUCAUCAAAGAGCUCUUCCGCGAAGGAAUCAGCAUCCACACCUGUGACCACCGCCACAACCGCACAUAUAUCCACGAUCUCUUCCCCGAGUGGCCCAUUGAAAAGGGCUUCAGUGAGGAAGAUGAGCUCUGGAAUGGAGUCACAGCGGAGACAAGUGCCGCGCAAGAUGUGCGUAGCGAGAAGGUACUAGAUGAAGUAUUCUUUACUUCGGAGUCUAUUAAGGAGAACUCUUUCGCGUCGGUCACUUCUCAUUCAGGUGAGAUUUCCUCUAUUUUGAGAGUUAUUGGGCACCGAACUUUCAGUCUGAAUACUGGUGCCGUUAUUCCUGUGCUCGUUCGUGCCGAGAGAAAUACUAAGGAGCGAGCGACUGUCUCGUCUGUUGCUUGGACUGCUAGUGCCCAUUGCACAGCGCCACCUGUGACAUCCGUCUCAGCUUGUGUUUGUCCAUCUAGCGCGGCACCUGUGACAACGCCGCUGGUUACUGAUGUUUGA